UUUUUUUGUAAAUUUACGGUAAAAUUUGGCAUAGUGUUAAAUAUAUUUAAUUUGUUAUAACUAAUAUACAUAAAUUAAUUGUUGACAUCAAACCUGUAGUUAUCUUGAUUUUAGUUCUGAAUUGACUAUGACGGUGAUACAUUUCUGGUUGAUAUAUUCAUGUCUAAUUUUAGGAACUGGAAUUUUGUGUGACCAUAAACUUGAAAGACGACAAGCUAGUACAAGAUGCUCAAAGACUUCCAAAAAUACUUUUAGUUGUUCCGAUGGACAGUGUAUUGUAUGGUCAUCAGUUUGUGAUGGCCGAGAAGAUUGCUCAGAUGGUUCAGAUGAAAAUAAAGAAAUGUGUAAUCGAUACGAGUACGGAACAAGUAAAAUAGAAUGCGGUAGAGUAUAUAACACUAGCAAUUCAGUAUCGAGCACCAAUGAUAUGAAAAAACUUAUUGGAAGAGCACCAUGGACUGUUGGAAUAUAUGUGAAAGAUAUGGAGAUGUCCCAUUAUAUUUAUGUAUGUGCAGGAUCAAUUAUUGGUCCAAAACAAAUAGUAUCUGUUGCUCAAUGUCUUUGGGAUUCAGACUAUAUGUCUGCAAAAAUAUCAAUAAAAAAUAAUUUCAAAGUUGCUAUUGGAAAAUACCUGAAAAGUUACUAUACACAUUUUGAAACUGUUGAUAAUGAAUUUACUCAAAUAAUGGAUGUUGAAAGUGUUUACGCACAUGAAAAUUUCUAUGAUACAAAUAAACAAGUUAUUUAUGAUAUAGCUGUUGUUGUGUUAUCAAAAAAAAUUACUUUUAGUGAUUAUGUGACACCUGUUUGUAUUGAUUGGAGUGGUAAAUACACAGUAAGGAAUGGAUCUAAAGGACAAAUUAUUACUUGGAAGUUUGGGGAAGAAUCUUCUUUAUCAGAAACAUCGUUGUCAUAUAUUGACAGUAAAUCUUGUCAAAAAACAUAUGGAUUCGGGCCAACGAAAAAGAUGUAUUAUUUAGCUGAUGAUAAGUUUUGUGGAAGUUCUGAAAUGGGACAAAUCGUUCAAAUAUUUUACUUCGGCGCAGGACUUACCUUUGCACACUCUAAUAAUUCUCAUUUUUUAACUGGAGCAGGACUUUACAGCACAGACAUAGAAAAUGAAAAUAGAACAGUCGUAGAUUUUACAGAUAUUAAAUACCAUAUUAAUUGGAUUCGUAACAUAUAUAUUAAAUAUUUAGACCAUGAUAUACCUUUUUGCAUUUUACCAGCUGUCGACGGAGUUAUAUAUUCUUAUGAAGGUUCAAAUGAAAUUUUAGCUCAUGGAACAUUAAUUAAUCAGUAUCGUACCGUAAUUGAGAACUGUGAUGUUGGAUAUUAUAAAGCUUACCCCAGAGGUUUAAGAGUAUGUCAGGGAAAUGGGAAAUGGUCUUCGACUUUCGAGAAAUUGUGUAUUAAAAUGUGUCCGCCUCUUUUAUCCGAUAGUUUAGAUAUUAAAUGUACUCUUAAUGGUAAGUUUACAAAUUGUUCAAAUCCUUCGACUCCCGAAACAAUAGCCGUGCCAUCGUGUAAACCAACCCAUACAUUACCAAAUGGACAAGAAGAGACUCCAAUUGAAUUGAUUUGUCAGUCUGAUGGAAUGUGGGAUAAUCAGCUAUAUAAAUGCAAUCCACAUUGUGGCAGAGUAUAUACUAAUGGGAAGAUAUUGAUCGCCAAUGGUAAGAAAGCACAAUUUGGAACAGCACCUUGGAACGUUGGGAUAUAUCGAUUAAAUAAAGCGAAUUCAAAUUAUGAUUUGAUAUGUGGGGGAACAAUAAUUUCUUCAAAUUUAGUCGUUACUGCGGCUCAUUGUUUUUGGUACAAAGGAAUAUUAUCUAAAAAAAUAUCAAUAAACGAUGAUUCAUAUAAAGUUGCCGUUGGAAAAUAUGAUAGAAAUUUCACAGUAGUUGACAAUGACUUUACACGAAUAAUGAAUGUGGGCGUUAUUUAUUUACAUGAUCUUUUCACUGGAAAUCAAGAUUACUAUGCUUAUGAUAUAGCUGUAAUGGUGUUAUCGAACAUAGUUUCUUUUAGUAAUGUUGUUGCGCCUAUUUGCAUCGAUUGGACUGGUAAAUACAAUGUGUCAAACGGAGUGGAAGGAAAGAUUGUAGGCUGGGGAAAUACGGAAAAGGGUACAUUAAGUCCCGUUUUAUUAGAGACUUCUUUACCAUACCUUGACCAUGAUUCUUGUCGAGCUAUGUAUACAAAUGGAUUUCAUAUAUUUGUUACUCUUGAUAAGUUUUGUGCUGGAUCUGCGUCGGUUCCAGGACAAGACAUGGGCGAGGGAGAUAGCGGUUCAGGCUUAACAUUUUUACAUUCAAAGUCUUAUUAUUUAACCGGUGUUUUGAGUCUUAAGCAACCAUCCUCUAACAACUCAAUCGCACUUUUUACAGAUUUUAAGCACCAUAUUCAGUGGAUUCGUCGACUGUAUCAAAAACAUAACUAAGAUAUACCAUAUUGUCUGUUACCAGCCAUUGAAGGAAUUAUAUAUUCUUAUGAAGGAUCAGAUAACAUUUUAGCUCCUGGAACAUUAGUUAAUAAGUAUCGUACCGUUAUUGAGAACUGUGAUGUUGGAUAUUAUAAAGCUUACCCAAGAAGUUUUAGAGUUUGUCAGGGAAACGGUAAAUGGACCUUGACUUCCGAGAAAUUGUGUUUUAAAAGAUGUCCACCUCUAUUAUCAGAGAGUUUAAAUAUUAAAUGUACUCUAAACGGUAACUAUGCUAAUUGUUCAAAUCCAUCGACACCCGAAACAAUAGCUGUACCAUCGUGUAAACCAACACAUACAUUACCAAAUGGACAAGAAGAGACCCCAAUUGAAUUAAUUUGUCAGUCUAAUGGAAUGUGGAAUAAACAACUAUAUAAAUGCAAUUCAAAAUGUGGAAGAGUAUAUACUAAUGGCAAAAUAUCGAUGACCAAUGGUAAAAAAUCUGUCGCUGGAACAGCACCUUGGAAUGUUGGAAUAUACAAAUUAAAUAAUGAUACUUCCAAAUAUGACUUGAUAUGUGGAGGAUCAAUAAUUGCUCCAAAUUUAGUAGUUUCUGCUGCUCAUUGUUUUUGGUACCAAGAGUUGUUAUCUAAUAAAAUACCAAUAAACGACGAUUCAUAUAAAGUUGCUGUUGGAAAAUUUACUAGAAAUUUCACAGUAGUUGACAAUGAAUAUACUCGAAUAAUGAAUAUUGAAAUUAUUUACUUAAAUGAACAUUUCUCUGGAGCUCAUGGUUAUUACGCCAAUGAUAUAGCUGUUAUUGUGUUAUCGAAUAGAGUUGCUUUUAGUAAUGUUGUUGCACCUAUCUGUAUUGAUUGGAGUGGUAAAUACAAUAUAUUGAAUGGAGUUGAAGGAAAGAUUGUUGGCUGGGGAAAGACAGAAAUGGGUACAGCAAGUCCAUUUUUAUUAGAAUCUUCUUUACCAUACCUUGACCAAAAUUCUUGUCGAGAUACGUAUGAUAUGAAUGGAUUUGAUAUAUUUGUUACUCUUGAUAAGUUUUGUGCUGGAUCAACGUCAGUUUCAGGACAAGACGUGGACGAAGGAGAUAGCGGUGCAGGCUUAUCGUUUUUACACUCAAAGUCUCAUUAUUUAACGGGUGUAUUGAGUCUUAAGGAAGCAUCCUCAAAUAACUCAAUUGCACUUUUUACGGAUAUUAAGCACCAUGUUCUAUGGAUUCGUCGACUGUAUCAAAAACAUAGCUAAGCCCAAUAAUAUCAUGGUAAUUUCAUACAAGUGCCUUUUUUUAAAUUAUAUUUAAUAACGAUUUUGUAGUGUACUGCAUUUCCGACGAACAUAAUAUUUUUUUUUAAAUUUAUUAAGGCAUACAUUUUAUGGAAAAUAUUGUUUUUACAUAUCUCAUUAUACAAUAACAUUAAUUUUUGAAUUAUACAUUUAAUAUAUAAGAUUAACACUG